CGCCGCUCAACAGCGCGCUCCUCCCUGUCCCGUUUCAUAACACCACGCAAUAGAACACCUAUCAUUUCUGUAUUGAGUGGUACUCUGUCUAUUAGCGGAUUAAACAUCAGUGACAGCAAUGACCUGCGCUACGUUUUCUCCAAGGCUUCGCAGUAAAGUCGCACGGCAAGUCGGAGCCGCCCUGGCCGCAUGUAGAUGUUUCUACACUGAACCAGUCCGACGUGAAUCCAGCGCACUCCCGAUAGUUCAUCACAGCAAGUAUGUGUGCGAUCUGCCUCCCAACCACAGGUUCCCCAUGGGCAAGUUCCCCCGGGUUUUGCACCAUCUAAUCAAAGAUCAAGUCAUUACAGAGAAACAGGUGUGGCUCCCUGAAAUCGCCUCCAAAGAUUUACUCCGCUGUGUGCACACUGAGGAAUACCUCAACAACUUCAUAGGUGGGAAAAUAAAUGAGCAGGAACAAAGGAGGACAGGUUUUCCCUGGAGUGAAGGCAUAGUGAGACGCUGCCGGUAUGAAACAGGUGGGACGGUUCUGGCUGCUGAAGCUGCUCUGCAGAGGGGUCUGGCCUGCAGCACGGCAGGAGGGACCCAUCAUGCGUUUCCCAGCUACGGUUCAGGGUUUUGUCUCCUCAAUGACUUGGCAGUUGCGGCCAGAUAUCUGAUGGGCAACUCCCCGACCAAAAGGAAGGUUCUGAUUGUGGAUCUAGAUGUGCAUCAGGGCGACGGCACUGCUUUCAUCUUUCAAGAGGAGCCGUGUGUGUUUACAUUUUCUGUGCAUUGUGGGAAAAACUUCCCCGUCCGUAAACAACAGAGUGACCUCGAUGUCAGCGUCGACGAUGGGCUGGAAGACAAGGAGUACCUCUCCACAGUGGAGGCCCACCUCCCUCGGCUGCUGGAGACCUUCCGUCCAGACCUGGUCCUGUACGACGCGGGCGUCGACCCUCAUCGGGACGAUGAGCUGGGGCGGCUCCGCUUGACUGACCAAGGGCUGUAUCGGAGAGAUCUGUACGUGAUGAAGAGUGUGGUGAGCAGAGGUGUUCCUCUUGCUGCCGUUAUCGGCGGAGGAUACUCGAGAGACAUCGACGUACUGGCCGCUAGACACUCCAUCGUUCACAGAGCAGCAACUCAGGUGUGGAGGGAAUGUGGAAUGUAAAUCAAGAGGAGCCUCAGAGCUUCACCGGUACUGGAUCUUCAGGGGCCAAUAUUUUUAUUUGGGAGUAAAAAAAUAGGGCAAUGUGAUAUAUUAAGAAUCAAUACUUAUUUGAUAUACUGUAUAUUCUGUACAUGCAGCUCCUUUACAUUGCAGCAAAGAAUUAUGAAAAAGAAGUUGGAGACAGUUCACGCAAAUACAUAAUGUGCUAUGUUUUGAAUAAAGGGGGAUUUAACAUGUUAAAUAUAUCACGGUACUGUAUCAGUACUUCUAUAGUAGCAACUGUCUAUAACUAUUAAACAUUUUGUUAUUGAACCGUACAUGUUGUGGUU